AUGCGGUUCAUCACGGGUGCUAUCAAUGGCGUUCUACGACACGUGAAUGGCACAGCUCAGCCCGAAUCCCCCCUCGCUUCGUCGCCCACCGACACAGAUGCAACAAUGUCCUCGUCGUCAUUCACAAUAUGUGGAGACAUUGAAUCCGAUUCGAGUGAAUGGGAAGCUUUAGAUGCCGAAGAAUGCUUGCGAGCAGGAGACCAGCCGAGCACCGAACCGUCACAGGCAACCGAGAUUGCCCAGCAAGUGUCCGAGCCGCCAGCAGAGAAACAGCCUGAUCGUCGCGCAAGGGUCGAAGACGAUAUCGAAGACGACGACGAUGCAGGAACACCCGGGAACUCGACCGGCAUCGACGGGCCGCUUCUUCGAUGCACCGGCGACGUCGACAACGACUUUCUCGACGAGGGAUCCACGAGCGCCAUAGACUAUCUUGUCAAGCAAAGUCUGCCCGAUGCCAUCCAGAAAUCGAAGACCUCGACCGAGACGAGAGCGCCGGUAAGACAGACCAUCAGACCGACCAUAAGACCGACCAUAAGACCGACCUGGCAUCGAACACCCGUCUCCACUCGACCACGCCCACCCAUAACCUACCCUCAUAGAAUCGUCGGCCAGACACUCACCAUCAACUCCCCAACCACCGACUUUCUCCACACUCAAGGGUCAAGAGUCACCAUCGAAAGCUCCUUCUCCGGCACUAUUAUCGACUAG